ACUAUUGUGACUUGUUUGCAAUUAGUCAACACUUUUUAACUAGAGAAAAAAUAUCUUUUUUGCAAAUAUAUUAGAAAAUAAGAUUUCGAAGUACCAAAAAUGGCUAUCUUAGAGAAUAUACGUGAAUUGUUCACUUCGGAAACAGCGCGAAAUAAGAAUUCAUCAUUAAUUUCUGGAUUUUUGUUUUUUGCUGGAUGGUGGGUUCUAAUCGAUGCAAUGUCCGCUGAUACCCAACAUCAAAUCACCACUGGUCAGGUUUUCAUUGGAGUUUUUGGCACAAUUAGCUUCUUCAUGGUAAACACUGUUAAGAACUCACAUAUAUCAGAAGAAAACACAUCCGAAUCCGGUGCACGUAUUGCAAAAAUUUAUUUACUUAUCGGUUUUGUAAUGGGAUUUGCGUCCAUAAUUGCUGCAAUAUGGGUUAUGAUUGACGACUUUAUUAAUAACAGCAAAAAAGACAAUUGGCCAGGUGUAGCACUGCUCAUGCAAAACGUUUUUAUUCUAAUUGGAAGUCUGGUAUAUAAAUUCGGUCGCAACGAAGAGGAUUGGAAUGAGUAAAUGAGCUACAGUCCGCUGAACAACUACUCAUAGAAAAGGUGGCACAUAUUAUUCAUUAUAAGUUAAAAAAAUGUAAUUUACACAAUUGUUUCUGAUAUAACAUUUCCAUACUAACCUAGCGUAUAUGUUAGCAUCUCAUAAGAUAACUAAAUUUGUUUAUAUCGCAUUCAAGUCGUAUUUCACUCAUAAAAAAAUAAAGCUUAGUUUCAUUUAGCUAGAAUCACUGAUUCUUAUUCAAGACGAUAAGAAUUACGA